AUGCCGAGACUGACACGUCACACAGAAGCAACUCGUCAAGUCAUGGACUCCACUGCCGUCUCGCGCGUCCUCGCGACUGCCGAGCUUUUGGAGAUGAUCUUAGUACAGCUGUCAACCAGCGACGGUGCGCAGAGUUUCUGGUAUGCUCGGGAGCAGGUAGCAGAUAACAUCAUGCAGCUCUUCUCUGCGCAGCGGGUCAACGUCUUCUUUCGGAACACCAUUCGCGGCUCAAUGAAGCUUCGUCGCUUGAUGUGGCUCGAACAGGACCCUUCAGUGCAAGAGCCCGAGACUACAGGAGCACAUCAUUUGUCCAACACAAACCCGAUCGUCGAGUCUUUCUUCUUCGGAACUACUAAGGAGAUGUGA